AUGAAGGAUGAUGUUGACCCGUUUUCCGCAGGAGAGCAAGGCUACUUUCCGUCUGAUGAAGAACGUAUGACAUUACGGCGCGUCCCCGAAAAACUGAGCUGGGCUAUUUUCUCCAUUGGUAUCUGUGAGCUGGCUGAGCGGUUUAGCUUCUACGGUGCGACGCAGGUAUUCUCAAACUUUGUGAACAGGCCGAGGCCCUAUAUUGACGGUCAUGUUUCCGCGUCUGGAGCUGCCAAGCAUUUAAAUACCCCUUCUGGUGCUCUGGGUCUGGGGACCCAGGUUGCUAACGGUUUGGUGACAUUCAACCAGUUCUGGUGCUACAUUACUCCAUUGUUAGGUGCAUACGUGGCUGAUGUUUACACAAAUCGCUUCAAUGCACUUUGUAUUGGUGUUGGUUUCUCGAUGGUUGGUCACAUUUUGCUUGUCGUCUCUGCCAUUCCUACUGUCUUGGAUGAUUCUCACGGUUCUCUGGCGUGUUUUAUCAUUGCGAUGAUUAUCAUGGGCUUUGGUACAGGAUUUUUCAAAAGCAAUUGCUCUGUUUUGAUUGCCGAUCAAAUCCGUUUCAAGCAACAAACGGUUGUCACAUUAGCUACAGGGGAGAAGGUUAUCAUUGACCCUGCACUCACUUUGCAGCGCCUUUAUCUUUGGUUCUACCUGAUGAUCAAUAUUGGAUCCUGCGCGGGCGAACUCGGUAUGGUGUAUGCAGAAAAAUGGGUUGGCUUCUGGCUUGCGUACUUGCUUCCAACGCUAGUAUUCACCAUUCCUAUCCCUGUGCUUUGGUUUGGUCGUAACUUCUAUGAUGUAUCUCCGCCGAAUGGAUCCGUCCUUUCGCAAGCUGUGAAAGCAUGGGGUCUUGUCAUUCGCAAGAACUGGAGCUGGAAUCCCGUUCGUCUCAUCCGAAAUGCGCAGUCGCCUAGUUACUGGGACUGCGUGAAACCAUCACUCCUCACCGAGUCGGAGCGCAGACCUUGGAUGGGCUAUGAGGAUGUCUGGAUUGAUGAACUUCGCCGUGGAAUCAAGGCGUGUGCUAUAUUUCUUCUUUUCCCCCUGUACUGGCUUUGUUACAACCAGAUCGUCAACAAUCUUAUCGUCCAGGCAGGUCAAAUGAACAUUGGCUCUACUCCAUCGGAAAUCGUAUCCGUGCUGGACCCUAUCUUUGUCAUUAUCUUCGUCUUUGUGUUCAACACAGGUGUAUACCCCCUUAUGACAAAGAUGAAACUUCCCUUCACUCCUAUUAAGCGCAUCACUGUCGGAUUUUUCUUCGCUUGUGCUGCUAUGAUUUGGUCUUCGGUUCUACAACACUACAUAUACAUUCGUAACCCAUGUGGCAACAGAGUGGGUGACGACAUCGUUAUCAAUGGCAAUAACUGCAGCACUUCAUACGCAAACAUAUCAGUGUGGACACAAGCAGGGUCUUAUGCACUGGUGGCUGUAAGUGAAAUUCUGGCAUCGGUGACCUCCAUGGAGAUUGCUGUGCUGAUGGCACCCAACAAUAUGCGCUCGAUCAUUAUGGGUGUUAGUCUGUUUACAACGGCCUUUGCGUCUGCGAUCGGUGAGGCUUUCACGCCUCUAUCAGUCAACCCUUUGUUUGUCGUCAACUAUGCCGUCUUGGCUGGUUUGGCCUUUGUUGGCGGCAUCCUCUUCUGGAUCUUCUUCUACAAGCUUGACCGGAAGCAAGAGGAAAUGAACUUGAUUGGCCAGCAAGGUUCCCAUGAAACCAAAGAGGACAGCCAUUCCGGCCGUGAACCAUCACUCUCUCUAAUGGAAAAGCCACACACGGACCUCCAUCCCUAA